AUUGAAAUGUUUAAAUAAAAAAAUUGUUGCAUGCGAUAUUUUGCAUAUCUCUAAAUGACUUUAUAUUUUCGCUGAAAAUAAAUCGGAACAACUUAAGUUUAAAUUACUUAUUUAGUACACAGAAUCAAAAUAUCACCCGCCUAACAAAUUCCGAAGCAAUCGCUAAACAUGGACAAAGUUGUUAAAUUCUGUGAACCCGGCCGUGCGUUCGCCAAGGACUCUAUCCGUUUGGUUAAACGCUGUACGAAACCUGACCGCAAGGAAUUCCAAAAAAUUGCUAUUGCUACAGCAAUUGGUUUCUGCAUUAUGGGCUUUAUUGGUUUCUUCGUUAAACUAAUCCACAUCCCCAUCAACAACAUCAUUGUGGGCUCAUAAAAUGCCUAUCAGCUUCAUUUGUUCAUACAUUCAUACUUACUUUACGAUAGAUAAUUAACAAUAUCCUCGAUUUUUGUUUGUAUAAAAGCAUUAGAUUGAGUUCAAAUUUUUUCAUUUAGAAAUAAGAGAUUAAAUAUUUGUGUACGCAGAGAUUAUAAAGAACGGUAUAUGAUUCAAUGUAUUCACACUCUGAACUCAUUACAAAAUCUGUAAUGUACUGAAUUUUGGUUUUAUCAACAAUGUGCAGCGUCCAACGGCGCAGAGUGGAAGUUUCAAAAAUCUUUGUUUAACAAUUUGAAUAAAACAAAUGAAAAAAAUGUAA